AUUUAGCUCUGCCUCCAGAAAUUUCAUCUCCUCUUCCUCUCUCAGCUCAACUGCCUCCUCCUCUCUCUCUCUCCUCCUCGCUUGCCUCCGUCUCACUCCUCCUCCCCUCGCCUCGCCUCGCUCUCGCUUGCUUGCGGCGGAAUCCGGCGCGGCGGCGGACGUAGCCUCUCCCCUCCUUUGCUUGCUUGCGCGCGCGCGGACGCCGGCGAACGCGGCGCGGAGGUGCGGUGUGUGUGGGGUUUUCUCUGCUUCUCUCGUUCUGGGACCCGCCCUAGCUUUUGUCUCUCCCCAGUGCGGCGUUGUCACCGGGGGAGCUCGCUGGAUUGAAGCUAAGCUGGAGGCGACGCGGAUGGUUUGAAUCUAAUUGGAGAUUGCAGGUUAUGGUUUUUGGUCCACUUGUUAGGUUACCCAAGACAGGUUAUGAUUCUGGUCUUAUUUCUCAGAAAGGAGCAUAGAAGCAUUUAGACAGAUCAAAAGGCCGUAAAAGAUGCCACCCUCACCCUCAACAAGGAGAUCUCCUUCAAGGGAAACUUUCCUCAGGAGGGUCAACAGUUUUGGGAAUGCUCUGCCUGCUAAACCAAAGGAUGAGGAUCUCACUUUGUUUGCUGAUAUGCAGAAAAUUGAGAACGAUAAUUUCUUACUGGAACCCUCUGAGGAUUUUGAUGAGUCAAUCUCAAAAUUGAGUUAUUUCCCUGAUGUCAAGCUUGGUGUCAACAUCCCUACACGGAGAGAAAGCCAUGAUUUGCUUGACGUUGAUGGUGACAAAAAUGAUUAUGAGUGGUUGUUGACUCCUCCAGAGACCCCACUUUUCCGUUCAUUGGAUGAUGAAGAAGAACAGUCUGCUGGUCAGGAUUCUAGGGGCAGAACUAAGAGUAAGCCCAUACGAAUUUCGGGGUCAUCCACAGUGGACAAUACUCAAAGGUCUAGUAGAAGCAGUGCAAGCCCUAUUAGGCUUAGUCCAUCACCACGCUCCAUGUCAAGGACAAGACCCUCUAGUGCAGCUUCUCGCUCUAGUCCACCAUUUGCAUUGCAACCACCAACACCAUCAUGGAGACCUUCAACUCCUCCAUCUGCAAAAACAUUAACACCUCCACGGAGAUCUCCAAGUCCUGCCUCAACAUUAACACCUCCACGGAGGUCUCCUAGUCCUGCCUCAAGGAGGAUGAGUACUGGUUCAACCCCAGCGUUAAAUAGGACAAGGGGUCCUUCUCCAGUUAAAACUAACCGCAUAUCUUCUUCACCAAAACUUCAAGGAUGGCAUUCAAAUGUUCCUGGAUUUUCUCAUGAUGCACCUGCAAAUCUUCGAACUUCUCUGCCAGAUCAUCCAUUAUCCCAUUCAAGGGGUGGAUCCCCUUCUCCUCCUAUCAGUGGAAGGGACAUGGGUUCCAGAGGCAGACGCCAAUCACUAUCGCCUACUCCAUCUAGAAGAGCAAGUUCAUCUCAUAGUAUUGAACGAGAUCGUUUAAGCUCGUAUAGCAAAGCUUCUGCAACAUCUUCUGGUGAAGAUGAUCUGGAUUCCAUGCAGUCUCUACCAGUUGCCUAUUCCACCAGCCCAGCUGUAAAAAAGAGCUUGUCUAUGAUGAAGACCAGAACUAUUGCUUCAUCAAAGAAGCCGUCCACAACUUUUUCCACUAGUUCUGUCCCAAAGCGGUCAUUUGAUUCUGCAGUUUGGUUGAUGGAUCAUCGCAAAGCUCCCAAUAAUAUGUUCCGGCCACUGCUAUCAAGUGUCCCUACUACGACAUUUAAUGCUGGCAAAGGAAAUGUUGUGCAGCGGCCUAUGUUUUCUCAUAAUUCUUAUAUGACAACUAGCAGCAAUGCAAGCUCUGAGCAUAGUGCCAGUUUCGGCCCAUAUGUGGAUAACGACCAAGAGCAGCAUGAUCAGAUUAGUGAAUGGGAUGAUAACCAUCAAGUUCAUGGUGAUAUAUUUAUGUUUGAUAAAUUGGAUGAAUUGAAUGAAGAAACCAGUCAUGAGGAGACUACAAAAUUUGUGGAAAGUGAUAGACAGGACAUUGACAUGGAAAAGGGUUGGGCAGCUAGUCAGACUUCUGGUACAAACAGUUCUCAUGUUGGAUAUGGUGAAAUGGCUACUUGCACCAGGUGCGGGAACGUUUUCAAGGUUAUGGAUGUGGAUAGACAAGGUGACUAUUGUGAAGAAUGUGGUUUAUUGCUUAGCAUAUGUUCUGCAGGCCCUGUGACACAAACUUUACAAGAAGCACACCAACAGGACGAAAUAACUGCAAAUUGUAAAUCAUAUGCUGAAUCUGGAACUUCUAUAGCCUCGGAUUGUGUAGAGUAUAGGGAAGAAGCAUCUCUUGGUCAUCAAUUUAAUGAUGAACCUCCAGCUGAUUGUAUAAAAGCAUGUUCCCCACUUCAGUCAAUGGUGGACACAAAUGAGGAAAUGCUGCUGGCUCAUGAGGUAAUGAAUCAUACCAAAAAUAUAAAGCCAUAUCAUGUUGAUGACUCUCUAAGAAAUAACAAUGAUAUUUCAUUUCAUCCAUUUAAGGUAAGUGAUAACCAACAAGCAUCUGCAGAACACGAGCAUUUCAGGGACCAAAUUAACAGCCACAGUGAAAGCUUGCCACAAUGCCUUCCUGAGCUAAACCGCCAGCAUAAUGAUUCCAUCUCUCAAACUGCCUCUGGUGAUAAUUAUCAACUGGGAUCAACAGCAUAUUCAAGUCCUAAGGUAGAAAACACUGAUGCCACUGGGAUAUCGGUACUCUUACUCCAGAAGUCAAGUAGCAAUAAAUGGCCUGUUGUGGAAGGAAGGACUCUGUCUGCAACAAAUAUUCUUUGUUCAGAACCCUAUUAUACAAGGGAUAGUAUCAGUGCUAUGAGGCGUAGCUUUGGACGGGAUAGCUCUUCAGCAACUUCUUCCAUUGAUCUAGGGUCAUCAAGGCAAUCAGAUGUACGUUUUGAGCGUCUCAGGAGUGGCAAGAGGGGUGAUUUCGAGAAGGCUCGAAUGAGCAGUACCAUGAGCCAUCAAAGUGUUGCUUCAGUGUCAGAUAUGUCAAUUAGUGGUUCAUCAGCUUCACUUUGCCCUCAGAGUGAUGUUAUUGGUGACACUUGUUUCCCAAUUGACACGCUGGAAAGGAGUGCAUCGAGAACAACAGUCUCUAUUGAAGAACAUGACAGCUCUUGUAUGGAUGCUUUAUCAAGUGGUAUGGAGUGUUCAUCUGCUGUGCAGCCGAUAAUCAAUGAUGAAAUCCUUGUUGACUUGAACACCUCAGGUUUUCAUAGGUUAAGUGAAACAGAAGAUAUACUUAUUAAGAACCAUAAUAUGGAAAUGGUGGCUGACAAUGAUCAUUUGAGCACUAACUUGUGUUUAUCAGAUAUUGAAAUGCCAAGUGAUGCCCUAGAAUCUUCAGCUGCUGAGGAAAGUUAUAUACCAAAAACUGAGGAAGAUACUUCCACCAAAGCACACUGCUAUACAAUCAGCACCCUAGAGCAUCCAAGCGAUGAGAACAACUUUGAUGAUCUUCAAAUGCAGUCUGAAGCAGUUCAGUCUUCAAAUGAGGAAAAUAAAUCCAAUGGCUGUUGCACGCUUGCUGUCUCUGAGGAUGACGUGUUGGUUUCUGGAACAGAUACUAACAUAAAGGAACUUCCUAAUGAUGCAGAAUCACCCGAGGCAGUUGAAGGAUCGAGGAAAGAAAUUCAGAGAUGCUUCACUUUGGAAGAAGCUACCGAUACAAUUCUCCUCUGCAGUUCUAUUGUUCAUGACCUUGCAUACAAGGCAGCGACAAUUGCACUGGACCAUGAGCAGGAACGAGUACACGCAGAGCCUACUCGCCCAUCUGUUACCAUCGUUGGAAAGUCUAUUCCAAAGGAGGAUGGUUUACUUAAGCUGACUCACAGACGAACGCCUAACCGUAAGGUUAAAAGGAAAAGAUUGGAAGGUGAAACAACCAUAACCGAAAAUGCUGAAAAGAAAGAUGAUAUCUCUACAGACCACUCACCCGUGCGUUCCUCUUCUGGAAUUACAAGGACAUCUGAGAGCAUGAAGCCUCCAAAACUGGAAUCCAAGUGCAACUGUAUAAUUAUGUAAGUUACUCAAGCAUCUGGUACGGCAAAGGUGACUUGAAAUAGAGGUUGGAAUUGAUGUAUUAUGGUAGUUCCAUUCCACGCGCAAUCAAGUCGUCCACAGUUGGUGAGUGACACAGGGCCUUAAGUUAGAUUUUUUUUUUUUUUUGUGAUGGUGCAUUCCGUUUUUUAGGUAACAGAAGUGCACCCCAGAGCUAUUCUUUUGUAAAUUCUUUUUUCCCCUAUGUUCCUGUUUUGUCAGAUCUUCUGCUUGUUAUGUGGUCUAUCAGGGUUGUCCAAAGUGUGAAUUUACUAGAUUAAAUAUCUGUAUUUAUAGCCUGUUUUGUUGCAAUGCAUGAGGCUUGUUAAAUUCUUAUGAGUAUUAUUGCCUA